GCCUGUGGAAUAAAACACUUAAGUGAUCCAGCGGGCAGACACGACACUUUUUGUGAACAAUAAGAGAUAUAUUUCUAUUUUGAUAACAGAAAGUGAGGCUUUGUCAACCCUCUGAGGAUACGCUUUAUUUUCUGCCUGGACAUUUUUUAUUCGCUCUUCCUGACACUCGGUGCACCAGCUGACUCGGGUGAAAUUACACCUCCAGGACUUUCCUUUUUCCUGUAAACUAACUGAAAAGAACAGUAACCAUGGCAGAGACAUCGGCAGCACCUGCGAAAGCCAAAAAGUCAGCCAAGCCCAAGAAACCUGCCUCUCAUCCUAAAUACUCGGAGAUGAUUAAAGCAGCGAUCGUUCACGACGCAAGCCGGAGCGGAGCGUCCCGUCAGUCCAUUCAGAAGUACGUGAGGAAGAACUACAAGGUGGGCGACAAUGUCGAUGUGCAGAUCAAACUAGCCCUGAAGAGGCUGGUGGCAAGCGGGAUGCUUCGCCACACCAAAGGCAUCGGUGCGUCUGGAUCCUUCAGGCUGGCCAAACCAGAGGACUCUAAGAAACCUGCCAAGGCACCAGCAGCCAAACCAAAGAAGGCUGCGAAGCCCACCAAACCCAAGAAGGUGCCCAAGCCUAAGAAGGUGUCAAAGACGGCUGAAAAACCCAAGAAGGCAGCUGCGAAGAAAGUAAGUAAAAAGGCCGUCAAGAAGGCGAGCCCGGUAAAAGCCAAAAAGGCACCAGCGAAGAAAGCCAGGGCAGCCAAGCCAAAGCCCAAACCAGCAAAGAAGGCAACCAAGCCCAAGGGAAAGCCAGCAAAGAAGACAGCAAAAUCAGCAAAGAAGAAGUAAAAGGACUAUAAUAGAAAGGCACUGUAAAUACUUAAGGAAAUGUUUUCGUAUUGUAUUAUUUUUGUAAGGUCUCAUGCAAACUUAAGCUAAAUUUAUCAAGUUUUUUCUUCAUUGCACUAUUGCCUAUAGACGCUGUAGAAAUUAUUGUGAGCGUUUUAUUUGGCGUUAAAAAUGCUGUUCAUUUCAUUCGGAUUCUUGGAUACAUAUAGGCUAAAAAGGAAAAAAAUGUAUAUACAGUUCUUGAACUUGUGAAUAGUUAUUGUUAGUGCACGGGGUCAUACUAAAGUGUGUCAAUGGUGAGCAUUGUGGAGCCUUUACAAUGUACAAACCAUGAGAAGUGAGCGUCAGCAAGAUUUUCCGAAAGGCUCUAUAGUUGUCAUUCAAGCUCCAUUCUGUCCAUUUUCUCAUGUUCAGACCUCUCAUAAUAUAAAAACAUCACACUGUGUUCAUUCGCUUUAAAAGACUGUUUAUACUGAUAUUCAAUAAACCUUUGUCAUCUUCUA